UUUCAAUGAGCAGAGGUGUGUGAGUUUCAAUGACAUCCAAACUUUUUCAAUCCACCAUCCUUCACCAAGAAAUGGAUCUACGAAAUUUGUAUUUUGAUGAGGUAUUUAGUAUUCAGGAUCAUGACCAGCGGACUGGCAGGGCCAAAUGGAGCUACUCCAUACCCGACGACCCUGAGGCAAACCUGGGAGGCACCUCCAGAGUCCCCGACCACCUCCAGGCUGGCUUCCUCUACCGUGUCUCCGUCCACCAGGACCUGACUGAGGGACCAGACGACCAGGGCUUCCAGGGCUACCAAUGUGGCCUGUGUCGGUUGCCCCUCCCCAGCCUUGCUUCCCUCCAGGCCCACCUCUUGGUCAGCUGGACCCACAGCACAGGCUGUAACCGCCUCUACAGUGACAUGAUCAGGCUGUGUCCGUCUCCUCCUCCUCCAUUGGUGUAUGUAUCUGAGGAGCCAUCGCCAUCUUCCCCCAUCCAGAUCCACAAUAACCAGCAGGACCAGGAGGCUGAUAGGGCCCGUCGUCUCUACGCCGUUAUCAAUGACCUUGAGGUGAAACUGGGAUCGCGGCGAGGCAGAUGCACUGACCACCUCCAGGCAGACUUCGUCCGCUAUGUCUCCAGCCAGGCCUCCAAUAAUGGUCCAGGCUACCACCGGGGCUACCAGGGCUCUGAGGGCUACCAGUGUGCCCUGUGUCAGCUGCCCUUCCCCAGCCUGGCCUACCUCCAGGCCCACCUUCUAGACAGCUGGGAAGCUAGGCAGUCCUGUAGCCUCCUCUACAGCCAGAUGAUCAGGCGUUGUCCCUCUCCUCCUCCUCCUCCUAUGGUGGUGAAACCAGUUCUGCGCACCACUGGCUCCUCCUGCUCAUCCUCUGUUUCAGUCACAAAGAGACCUCCAAGACGCCAUGCAGAGCACCUUUAUCCAUAUCUGCCUUCCACUUCAUCAUCCUCAGUCUCAGCCACUGUGGUAUCUUCAUCAUCCAGACGCCAUGAGCAUGUACUGUCUCCAGACCUGCCUUCCUCCUCCUCCACCUGCUCCUCUUCAGCCAUACCCUCCAGAAAGAGAAGGAGAGACAACGACGUGAGCUCCAGAGGGGCCCCCAGGAGCCCCAGCCCACAGCCCAGCUUUAGCACUCUGUCUCGGCGAGACAAGAGCCACCAGGCUGGCCCCUCCUUGAUGAGACCCAUGGACAACCUCCAGAGCUACCUCCCUCAGCCCUACUGUCCCCAGCCCAGCCACAGCACUCUGUCUUGGGGGGAGGAGAGCCAUCAGGCAAGCCCCAGCAAGAGACACAGAGAGCUGGAAGCCACCUCACAGGGAUACCCUGGACCCAACUGCACGGCACGCAUGCGAACGACUUGCAAGACAAAGUCAAAGUGCAAGAUGCUACAGAGGAAAGCCCUUGUGUAAAAGGGUUUUUCGGUUGUCCCCAUAGGAGAACCCU